GAGGAAGCUGGAUAAGUAGGCUGCUAGGGUAACUACGAUGUUGCAACAUUGUAACAACGGAGGAAUUGGGUGAUUGAGUCAGGAUAAACAAAGCGGAAGACAUUUUAUAAAGACUUUGACGACCUUGUAGUUGUUCUUUACUGCAUUUACGUGGUGAUCUUUCAAAACGUGGCAAUCCAGUUAGUGUGUGUGUGACACCUUUGUUACCAUGCAUGAGGAUGAAUGUCCAAUCCAAUGAGACCAUGCUCUUUGAGGAGGAGGAAGAGGCGGACAAGACAAGUCGGGAGGUUGAAGAGGACAAUGUGUCCAGAAGGAUGGUUACUGUCAACUGGGACCAAUGGGACAGGCUACUGCUGCCCUCUCCACUGGACUCUGGUGUGCACAGUCUGGACACAGUGUACGACAGAACCACUGUGAUGAUUGAGCAAGACCCUGUGGGUUCUACAACUGACAAUAAAGAGGAAGAAGAGGACCUGAUGAUGUAUCUAGAUGAGGGAUGUGAGACGGAGGAUCGUGGAGGUCUGGAAGACCACUGGGAGGCCAUGUCACAGGGAUACAUCCACCACACCAUCUCCCAGGACCAGAUCCAGUUCACCAUCAACCCUGGUUCCACACCCAUGCCCCGUCACAUCCAGGGGGCCACCAUCACACUACACUCUGAGUGCCCAGAGACCCACCACAGCGAGGUGAAGCGUUACCAGUGUCUAUACAAGGACUGUACUCGUACCUACAGCACAGCAGGGAACCUGCGGACCCACCAGAAGAGACACAGAGGAGAGUACACAUUUGUCUGCAACCAGUUGGGCUGUGACAAGGCCUUCCUCACUUCCUAUAGUCUGAAGAUCCACGUCCGUGUUCACACCAAGGAGAAACCCUUUGAGUGUGACCAACAGGGCUGUGAGAAGGCCUACAACACACUGUACAGGCUAAAAGCCCACCAGAGACUGCACACAGGGAACACGUUUAACUGUGAGUCAGACGGAUGCACCAAGUACUUCACCACCCUGAGUGACCUGAGGAAACACAUCCGGACACACUCCAAGGAGAAGCCCUUCAGGUGUGACCAUCCUGGCUGUUACAAGACGUUCACCUCUAGUGACCACCUCCAAACACACUUCCUGGGACACACAGGUGAGUCACCCGUCCUUCAGGUGGACACAGACGGUGAUAACUCCCUAAGCUCCUCCAACAGCCUGAGGGACAACAUCAAAGGUUACGACCCUGGACUGUCAGCUGACAUCACUCACAGCCACUCUCUCUCAGAGGAUUUGAAUCCUCGUUCCCCAUGUCUCAGUGAUAUGAGCCUGAUUUCCACUGAUUCUCAGCUCAGAGAAAAUAACUCUGAUGCCCUGGAUCUGAUGUUUGAGUUGCUGUUUCAAGACAAGCCCCAGCCACAGGAUGUGUCGUCGUUGGCAGUGCCCUCAUGUAGUUUGGAGAACCCAUCUCCAACCGUGGUGCUCCCAGAAGCAUCUACCUGUUUCAUCUCUACCUGUCCUGCCCCCUCUGACUCUAUCCCUGGUGAACCCUGUCCUGUACCCCAGCCCAUCGCUGUCCUCACCGCUGGGUGUACCCCUGGUGAACCCUGUCCAGUUCCUGAAAAACCUAAACAUGAUGUGAAUCCAGAACAGACAUCCAACCAGAGCCUAUUACAACAGCCAGCCACAUCUGUCUAUUCCCAACCAGGCUCCAAUCAGAGCCUAUUACCACAGCCAACCAACCAGAGCCUCCUACCACAGCAGAGCCUACUACUAGAGCCAACCACCACCCUCCAUUCACAACCAGGCUCCACCCAGAGCCUACUAAUACAGCCAGCUGCCACGCCCUCCAUCCAUUCGCAACCAGGCCCAUACCCUCCACCCCCCAGCUCCUCCCUCCAGGCCCCACUAACACCCCUUUCCCUGGGGCACUCUGCUCCUCCUACUGUCCCUGCCGUGAGUAUCCUCCAGCCCAUGACCUUGUCCACUCAGAACCUCCAGUGGCUGUUGAACAGUGUCAAUGACCAGAGGCAGCGGGACACACAGACACAGCUAUCACAACAACAUAGUGGCUCAACAGUAGAGAAGCUCUAUUUUACCACAGCAAUACCUAUGGGAGGGAACACAGGGACAGCUCUGCAGCAGAUAGGCCUGCAUCUGCCUGUCAUCGUCAUCAGACAGGGAGAGUCAUGCCAGUGUCGGUGCCCCUGCAGAGACGGCAGCACAGCAUCAGACACAGAGAAACAGACUGGUUGUCAACCUACUGGUGAACCCUCUGGUGCCCAGGUCAAGCAGCCCCAGGACCUAUCAACCCAGGACCCACCACCCCAGCACUCUCAGCCCCAGGACCCACUACCCCAGCCCCCUCGACCACAGCAGCCUCAACCUCCACCUCCAACUGUACCUCCCUGAUGAAAAUUCAAGUCAACCUUUUGAUGCUGGAGAAACUGUUCCUGUUACUUAUCCAACUGAGACGUCUCUAUGCACUCUACUGUGUACUUAACUCUUCCUGUUGUUAAUACCUAGUUCAAGAUCAGGUCUCCCUACCCUGUCCCCAUAACCUUAACCAACAGUAACCCCAUACUAGUUGCUGAGGGUAGAAAGCAAUAAUUUGCUGCAUUUCAGUAUGGAUCAGGUCAAUGCAGUUUACCUACAGUGUUUUAUUUUGAUUUAUGACAUGUCUAGUAGCGUUCUAUUAUGAGUUGGGCUUGAACAGUGGCUGGCCGCUGAGUGUAGUGUGGAAAACAGUUGACUCAAGCACAAAUCCUCUGAAGCAACAUUCCUCUUUACAUCCAGUCUUGCUGGAAACAUUAAGGGUGACAUUAUUUUUGAUGGGGCAGAAAGAAAAAGCACUGUUGGCAAAACGGAAUAUCACUCCCCAUGCAGUACCUGGCAUUGCAGUUUUUGUCAAAUGUGUGUGGAAUGUAAAAUGUUAUGGCAUCACGUGCGUCAUGAAUCCGUACCAUUUCAUUAUGAACCUGCAAAGGAUCUGGAGAUGUAGUAAAUGCUGCUAUAACAAUAUAGUGUAUUUAGACACUAGCAAACUAACCUGGCAAAGUAAAACUAUUUAGUUUUUCUUGAAUGUUCACAAUAUAACCGUUUUUAACAUGUCA